AUGGCUUCCACGAAAUCGGGCGGCGAGCAUCGCCUAUCUUUCGCAAAAAUUGCGGCCAUGCCUCCCCCCCCGAAGAUGCAGCCCUCUGUUACGCCUGAUCGCAAUAGCUCUGAUGCAGUCGACCAAGGAUUACCCCAUCUUGAAUUACAUGCUCCGAAAGCUGCGUUGUCUGCUCAAGAUGGAUUAGGAACUGCCCCGCAAGAAGACACAUCUUCCAUUGCUAGGGAAAUCAAUGGUCUUGAAAGAGCAGUCGAAUCUGUUCAACUAGAAGGAGCAAAAGAUCAAGAGGAAUCAGAAUCUUCUGUUGAGCCCCAAGCGAACGGCAUCCUCAAGCGCGAACAGUCGUUUGAUGAUGACCGUACUCAUCUUUCCAACUCAUCCACGAAACCCACAAGUUUUGAUUCUAAGAGCAUGGCCUCUGUGACCACCUUUGCAAUGGAUGAAAAGGAUUCUCUGCGACCUGAUGACAGCGCGAGCGUGCAGGCUGUGGAUGAGGAAGAGUCGCUUUCUGGCCCUGCUUCAGGGGCACCAAACUCUUUGAUUGGCUCCGAGUCAGGCGCACGACCGUACAGAGACCAAUUCCGGGAUGGUACCGUGCAGCGAGGUGUGCUUCUUCCUGGCAGUGGGCGAGGAUUCAAUGAUGGUCUCGCGCCGCAAAAUUUGAUUGUCCCCGCCGAUUCUAUUUCCAACAACUUCAUCGUUCAGAACCCUGAAUUCCCGGCCGGCCGAAGCCUCCAUGGAUUCCCGCUAGAACCGGAUGAGAAACUACUCGAAGCGAUGAAAUCCCCGAAAGACCGUCUCUUGAUUCUACAGCUCGAGGAGAAGAUCAGACAUUUCAUUCAAGAUUCAAACGAGCAAUCUUUGGAGCUACCUCCUUCCAAUGGAUUCGGAAGGCUCCUUGCGCACAAACUUGGAGACUACUAUCAUUUGACUCACUUCGUCGACAACAACGUUACCUCGGUCCGUCUUCACCGAACGCCAUUCUGCCGACUACCGACUCCACUAUCUGUUUUGCACGCCUCUACAAACACAACUCCCCCGCCCAUGGUACCUACGAUGAAGAUCAUGCGCCGGAAUGGCCAAAAUGGGGAACGUUCCUUCACCGACGGAAGCACCGCUGCAAGCUCAUCUGCUCCUUCGAAGGCUACUUCGGAAGAUGGGGAAAGCGGUAACGAUGGAGAGCCGACGGGUUCAUCGGCUGGUGCCACGCCUGCCAAAGAUCGAAUGACCCUCACCCGAGAAGAACGGGAGGCCAAAUAUCAGGAAGCUCGAGAGAGAAUCUUCCGUGACUUCCCAGAGUCGAAGCCUGGAGAAAUUACAAGUGGAGAGCAGAGCGCAAAUAUGUCUCGAUCCAGCUCAACGAGUGGACGCAAGAAAACAUACCGACAAAAGACUCCCCACGACGACAGCUUUGAGGCCCGAUCUCAGUUCAAUGCAUACUAUCCUGGCAUGCACUACGCCAACGGACCGAAUUCGUACAAUGUCGCUGUAAAUGACGGAUCAUAUCCCCAACAGCCUCCCUAUAUGGUCGGACCUGGUGUGUCAGCGCCUGGAAUGAGCUACGCUCAGAAUGGCCAGCAGAAUGUCAUGUAUCCUGGCCCCAUGAACAUGAACACCGUGCCUCAAUACCAGAUGGCGGCGUCUCCUCAAAUGUCACAAAAUGUCCCUUGGCAGGGCGGAAACCUCCCACAACAGUCACCUUAUACUGGGUAUGCUUCGAUGAACCAGUCACCGGUGAUGAUAGGCCAACAAUCCUCUACUAAGUCAUCUCCUGCGAUGAGCAACUACGCGCUUCCAAACCCUGUGCCCUAUCAAUCUCAGGGCCCCACCUGGCCCUCGCCCCCUUACCAGGGAAAUUUCCCCUCAUCUGCACAUCGAAACCAUCCACCGGUUCAUUGGCCUAACUACCCUUCUCACGCCGUGGCGCCCAGUACCGCAUCAUACUCUUAUGCGCAAUUCCCGGGGCAAACGAUGAAUCCUGGAAUGCCGAAUCAUGCCGGUUCCCACCAGGCCGCUAAUUUUGGACGUUCCCCUUUUAAUCCUCAGACACGGUCGUUUGUCCCGGGUGGUGUUCCUCCGACCCGCCAUCUAGGAAAGCAUAUGCAGCCUGGGGUCAUACCUUAUCACAAUGGUCAGUCUCAGUGGACAGGUUACCCAGAUCCCGGCAUGAAACCCAUGGAACCUAUGAUGGCCGCCGGCUACAAUGCAGGCCGCCCAGGCCCACCUGGAAACAGGGAUUCCAUUGCCAAAUGGGGAACUCCAUCUCAUCUACCCCCGAAACCACCGCCCUCUGAAGUUCCCUCCGAGUUUGAGAUGAAGCAUCGCAGUAGAGCCACUCCGAGCGUUCCCUAUGCAAACAACACCACGGCCGUGGCCAAGAAUGGACCGCUUGUUGUUUCAGGCGGGGUGAACUUACCAAAGCCAGCCUAG